AGUUCCAUGUUUUCUUCGUCUCUCUCUCUCUCUCCAUCUUCAUAGGCAGACCCAGUAAAGUAAAGCUAUUGUUCAGUUCGGGCACAGAGAGCACACAGAGUCCCAAAGCUGCCAUAGUUUCAAUUGGGUACUCUAACAUGCAUGGAGGAAAUAAUCAAUCAGACUUCCAGAAUUCCCAGCAGAUUCCACUUGCCGUGCCUCCUCUCAAUAGUGUGCCGUACAUUGGUCCCGGACCUGUCAAUAGUGCGCCGUACAUUGGUCCACCUAGACCUGUCAAUAGUGCACCGUAUAUUGGUCCACCUAGAUCUGUCAAUAGUGCACCGGACAUUGGUUCACCUAGACCUGUUGUUGAUGGUUCUUCUCUGCCAACUGAAGCUGAUGCCAAACCAGUUGAAAAAGUCGGGCCUUCUAUGGUAUAUCUCGAUUCUAACACAACUCGAAAAGAAUGGGACAAUAUAUUGGUCUCUGCCAAAAGUGCAGUUGCAUUGACUGGGAGUGCAGCUAUGGGAAUGGUGGGACCAAUUAUAGGAUUAAUGGACAUUGGAGAAAGUGAUGAUGCCUACUUAUUUCGUGUCUCCCUCCCUGGGGUAGCAAACAAUAAAAAGGAAUUUAGUUGUGAUAUUGAACCUGACGGAAAGAUACAUAUAAGGGGAGUAACAACCACUGGCGAGCAAAUAGUGUGCAAGAACUCGCAAAUAUUUAGGAUGCAAACUCAAAAUUUAUGCCCACCAGGCCAUUUCUCCAUCACAUUUCAUCUACCUGGUCCAGUUGAUCACAAACAGUUUAGAGGCCAUUUCGGGAACGAUGGAAUGCUUGAGGGAAUUGUGAAGAAAAUAAUAUGAGAAGCCUUGCAGCACAUAAGUCAUUAGAAAGGGCCAAAAGAUUCACUAAAAAGACGACAUUCGAUCUGAGGCUGCCGUGAGGACAAUAUGGUAGACUCAAAAUAAGUUGGCUGGUUGAGUAAGAGACAUUGUGCCCUGAGAUACUUGUAGCAGAGAUGAGCAUCUAGACGAAUAAUGCAGCAGAGGUUUGUACUUGUGAUUUUAGUACGAGGCUUUGAUGAAUGUAAAGCGAGUAUGAAUUUACCCUUCUUCGUCUCUCUGCUUUCCACCAUUCUCUUCAAUUUUUUCUUUUCUUUUCUUUCUUAAACCCGUGUACUAUUGAGAUGUGAAAGUUUUUCCUUUCAUCUGUGAA